UAGAGGGCUUAACUUUCCGAAAGAUGGAGACUGUGCUACAGCGUGGGAUGCUGGAUGAUCAAUACCGACCUCUGAGUCGUAUUUUGGACCAAGUUAUACAGUCAAGAAAGAUAGAGACGAGUAUCAUGAAAACAGUAACGCACACUUGCACGCCAGGAACUACGGUUUUAGAUUUACCAGAAUGUGAUUCGAUCGAGGACAUCGCUGAAUCAGUAGACGAACUACGAGCGAAAUUGGCGAACAUGAAGAGAUUGAUGGAAGAGCGGCGGGGUACCACCCUGGGUGAGAUCAGCGCAAGGAAGAGAAAGGAGACCUCGGAUAUUAUAGAUGGCUACUUUUUAUCUUGGAUAUUCGGCUCGGCACUCGUCGUCAUCUUGAGUAUCAGUUUCUACGCCUUUUACAAUCUCUAUCAUGCAGUCCUGAAAAAAUUUCCAUCAUCUCAUACAGAAUUAUAAACAGACGGAUAAGAAUGGAAAAAUUUUUACACUGGCGAAUUUGUGCUGGCAAAUUGUUCAAUUUGGAUAUAUUCUUUUACGAUCAAUAGAUGACAAGCAAAAAGAUGUGUCCAAAGAUCUCAAACUUCUUGCCCAAUUCUCAAGAAGUAUACCGGCUGGUGAUUUCGUUUGAUAUUAAAAAUAUCUGUCUAUCCUCUGGGAUAUAAUAAUGAAAUGUCUGGAAUAAGAGAACAAGGUAGAAAGAAUUUAAGAAACGAACAGAAUAGCAGGAAAGUUCCUUUCAUGUGCACUUAACAAGCUCAACGAAUAUUUUAUAGCGUUCAUUCAAAUCGAAAAAUACUUCCUUCUCUGUUCACUACACAUUUCGCAAGGAACUGUACUCUCAUAAAGAAAAUUCAGUUACUGAAAAAUUAUCACAA